AUGCUCUUCACCAAAACCCUCGCUUUCUCUUCACUCAUACUCUUGGCUGCUGCCCAAGGGGAUGCCGUCUUCAAAGGUCUGCCCGACGACGGUCGGACGAGGACGCCAACCUCAACGAGCAAGCUCAUGUCGCGGCGCGAUCUGAAUAAACGCUGCACAGGAACCUGUGAGGAAUGCUUCGGCGGUGGUUAUACUCUCUGUCCAGGGAGUGCAAUCUACUGCUAUCUGCCUGGAGAUGAUACAUAUGGGCUGGAUUCGUGCGACCUCGACAGCUCCGAUGACGGGUUAUCUACGACUAAUACUGCCACCGCACCGGCAUCGACCUCAACCAGCCUGAGUGGCCUCGACGAUAUCUGUUACCAGACCGGUGCGACUUGUGCGUCAUGCUUUGGCUCCAGUUAUCUCGAGUGCCCGGAUGGAUAUCACUGCUACGAUCCGUCGGAUCCUUUGUACGAUACCUGCCCAGAGGAGAGCACAAGCUCUGGUGGUGGCGGCAGCAGCAGCAGCAGCACCUGCGCCGAAAUCUACGGAGAGGGAAAUAUCCCUUGCGGAUCAGAUUCAUGCUAUAACCCGGACGACGGCGAGUCUUGCUGCGCGGGAGGAUACUACUGUGAAGAUGGAUACACUUGCUCUAGCACGCUCGGGAAAUGCAGUUACGUCGGUAGCAGCUCGUCCUUUGGCACGACGACAUCCGACCUCGUCUUUACGACGCCUACCAGCGCCUUGUUCUCCAGCACUCGGAGCACUAUUGCGACUACGACCAGCACCGAUACUUCGCUAGAAACGGGUGUCAGUCAAUUCUCCGAGUCCAACGGUGCAAGUGGUUUCGGGGCCGCUAAGGGUCUCUUGAUUGCUGCUGGUGUCGGUGUAUUGGUGCUGUAG